AUGUCGCUCAUAAACGGCCAAUCCGAUGCGCCGCUGACGAAGUCCAAUGGUAGCACGGCUACCUACAUGGAAAACAUUGAGAAAGGAAACAGUCUAGAAGGUCCAACUAACCGGAAUGACCGGCCCACCCCACAAUUCGACAAGGCAGCAGAAUCUCGGCUGCGUCGAAAGAUUGACUGGCACAUUGUUCCGACUGUCUCUAUUCUCUAUCUCUUCUGCUUCAUUGAUCGAACCAAUAUAGGAAAUGCUCGUCUGGCGGGAUUGGAGUCGGACCUUGGUCUCACAGGUUAUGACUACAACACCGUCCUAUCAAUUUUCUAUGUCUCCUACAUCAUCUUUGAAAUCCCAUCCAACAUGGCUUGCAAGUGGAUUGGCCCCGGCUGGUAUCUUCCGGCGAUCUCGCUUGGAUUUGGUAUCACCACGGUGGGCUUCGCAUUCGUUCGGAACAUUCGCGCCGCAUGUGGGGUGCGCUUUCUUCUCGGCGCACUCGAGGCUGGAGUGCUUCCUGGCGUGGCUUACUAUAUGUCACGAUGGUAUCGAAGAAGUGAACUCGUCUUUCGACUGUCUCUCUACAUUGUCAUGGGCCCAGUGGCUGGCGCUUUUGGUGGUCUCUUAGCUUCAGCAAUUCUCAGCCUCGAUCAUUUUGGCAGUGUCAAGAGCUGGCAGAUGAUCUUUGCGAUUGAAGGAAUCAUUACUAUCGGCCUGGCUCUCAUUGCUUUCGUGACCUUGACCGAUCGCCCUGAAACUGCGAGAUGGCUUCGUGCGCAUGAGAAGGAGCUGGCCAUUCAGCGGGUGAUGUCCGAGCGUGUUGCGACAACGGAACUUCUUGACCAGCUCGACCUCCCCAAGACUCUUCGUGGAAUCUUCAACCCCGUCACACUCGCGACGUCCAUGAUUCUCCUCCUGAUCAACAUCACUGUCCAAGGUCUCGCAUUUUUUCUCCCCACUAUCGUUCGCACCAUCUACCCCAGCAGAACGGUGGUGGCCCAACAACUGCUCACAGUCCCUCCUUACACAUUCGGCGCGGUGACUAUCCUCAUGAUUUGUCGUCUCAGUUGGAAGUAUGACCGACGAAACUGCUUCAUGACCCUCGGCUCGGUCAUUGUGGUGCCGGGGUAUAUCAUUUUCUUAGCCUCCACCAAUAGCACGGCUCGAUACAUCGCCACGUUCUUCGUCGCUGCCGGCUCCUUUUCAUUCGGAGCACUUACUCAAGCGCAGAGUUCGGCGAAUGUCGUUUCCGACACUGCCAGGUCCGCCGCCAUCGGGACGACGGUCAUGUUUGGAAACGUGGGCGGGCUCAUUUCGACCUGGUCAUUCUUGCCGUCCGAUGGACCCAACUACCCAAUUGGCAACGGCCUCAAUUUGGCGGCGAACUCAACCAUCUUGAUUGGAACACUAGUGCUCGGCUGGUGGAUGAGAACCGAUAACAAGAAACGUGAGCAAAGGAGCGUGGCGGCUCACGAGGCUCUCAGAGAAGCCAGUGAGAAGCACAUCCACGACCUCGAUUGGAAACAUCCAGAUUUCAGAUGGAAGGCCUAA